CUUACUGCCGACUGAAUCAUUGCAUCAUUUGUAACUGUCAAGAACAUGUCUAUUGGAUUCGUGACAAUCCUAGUAACUGUGUGUUUGCUCGUCAUUGUUAGAAGAGUUGGCGCUGUCUGUUGCCCUCGGAUUGUGUAUGGUUAUUGCGGGGACUGUAGUUUUUCAUAUUAUGCUUGUGGAGUUGGGAGCUGUGAUCGACUGAAGUGUAACUGUGAAGGAGGAUGCAGAUCUGGUUGUGCAAAAGUGACAGUUUCAGGAUUUUGGACGAAGAAAUGCAAUUGCGAAAGUGCACGCAAGAGGUCUGCGGGCAUAAGUAUGGAUUACAGCAUUGACGCUAGUGUAGUAUUCAGUGACACUGAUACAGACAGAAAUGAGCAGCUGUCCAGAGAUGAAUACAUUCGUGCUGCAAAGAACCUGAACAGGAAUGCAAGAUCUGAGGACAUCCAUGCUGAAUUUACUGAGAAAGACAAAAACGGCGACAAUAUGAUCAGCUUGGAUGAAUUUGACACAAAAAUGUGAAUGAAACAGGCAAAAUUUAUUGCCAUAAAUAACAAUGCAUUAAUUUCAUGUAUGCCUA